UCACCUAAUUACAAGCAUAAACCUCACCUGGAUCACCGGAAGUGUUUUUUUAGUUUUUGUGUAUUUUAUUCCUCACUGAAACGGUUUAACUCUCUCUUCGUUUCCUGAAAUGAUCCCGUCCAGCAGCCGACACGGACAAGCUUGUUGGACAGAAUCUGUGAGAGGAGUAGAGGAGGGGAACCAGGUAACGGUCACCUGAUGUCAGGAUGCCUGAAUUCCCACCCCCUUCAGAAGGCCAUAGUGAUGCCAUCCUGACAUCUGUGGGAAGUGAGGUUGUGCCAGAAUAGGAAGUGAGGGACAUGGAGCUGAUUCUGGACCUAUGCGAGUCUCCUUUUCUAUCCAACUCGUGUCCACUGGAGGUGAACGGGCAGGAAACGCAGCAGGUGGACAGCAGCUGGAGCCACGAUGGAGACAUGCAGGGAUUUGGACAACUGGAGAGGAGGUGGGUCCUUUGGCACGAGUUUAUGAAGGAACACGACCAACUGGACACCUGGCUGCGAUUGGUUGAGCCGGCUGUCAGUUCCUCUCACCCUGACAAUGUUACUUAUGUCACUGCCAAGGAAGAACUGAGGAAAAUUGAGAGGCUGCGGUGCGAGGCUGGAUCUCGGCUGGUGCAGCUGGAUAGUCUGACCCGGAGGAAUCAAACUCUGACUCGGCUGUUUCACGGUGCCAUGCAGGCCCGGCUGCUGGCGGCAGCGAGGGAUUGUGGGCAACGAUGGGACGACGUGAACGCCAAACUGGAAUACAUCACCACAAGACCAAAGCUCUUUGUCUCAGAGUGGGAGGGGUUUGAGGCAGAGAGGGAGGAGCUUGCUCUCUGGUUGGCUGACCUGGACGGCCGUCUGACUCAGGUGGAUCACCUGUCAGGACACACCUGUGAAAAGCUGAGAAAACUGCAGUCCUUCCAGCAGAGUGUGUGUGUGAACUCGGACCGCGUGAACGUCCUGCUGCAGCGCGGUGAGGCCUUGAUACAGCGCUGCGACCCGACUGACGCUCGGCGUGUCGAGAGUGAUCUGCUGAAGAUGCUGCGGCGCUGCAGCCUCGUCUUCAACAACAUCGCACGGACACACAGCAGGCUACUGAGCAUGAGACUGGUGUUUGAAGAUGACUUGAUUUUGUCUCAGGCUACAGACUCUGGAUGUCCUUCAGAGACUCUUUUAGAGGAAGAGGGUGCACUUGAUAAAGCCAACAUGGACAUCCCUUCUAUUUCAAACCAUCCUAAAGAUUUCAGCCAAUCAUCUCACCCCACCCAAGCAUUCUCCCCCCUUCAACUCCCUCUUCCAACUUCCACACAGUCCUCUCCUACCCAUGAGCACCUGGGGCUUGAGUGGGACCCUUCAGUUGAUAUUGGACGCUCCGUUUCCCGUGACAACGCAGACUCAUUGUAUUUUAGUGCCAGCGCAGGUCUUCCUCAUCACAGAAAUGGUGUGAAGAGGCGAAGCUACCUCAGCUCCCUCGGCUCUGAGUCUGAUAUCCGUAAUGACAUCAAUCAUGAAGCAGAUUUGCGAUUGGAGGGAUGGCUUGAACACAACCACCCAAGCGUCUUGUCACCAAUAGAAAAGAAAGGGGGCGGGACUCGGCCGAAUGGAGUCGAGUGGGCGACAUCGACUCCUGACCCAGAGGAAGGUGGACAAGUAAGCUUUGACGAUGGCCGUGUGAGGGCGUGGCUGCGAGUCCAAAGCCCCGCCCCUUCAGAGAGGAGGACUUCCCGCUCAAAAUGUGUGCAGACUGAUGGACAGGUGGAGUGUAACAUGGAUGGAAGACACAUGGAUGCACCCAACAAGCUGCGUCCUCAUCUCAACACACACCAUCCAUCUCCUGACCCCUCCCAUUCCCCAUCACAUGACCUCAAGGCCGCGCCUGAUUGGAUGAAGCACCAAUAUCGCUCCGAUCUUCAGGCUGGAGAAGAGCAGCCCUGUUGUGAAGGAGCCGAGCGUCUUCACUCAGAACAAAGUGUGACCCCCAGCAGCAGGGCUCCUUCCUCCCGGUUCCACCCAGCCUUCCUCUGCCUCCUUCUGGCUGCAGCUCUGGCUCUCCUGGCCUGUCUGAUCUGGUUCUUCCUGGAGCCGCCUAGUAGCUUCCACCUGGCCCUCAGGUACGUCAACGGGCCACCACCUACCUGAAGACCACCCAGAGCCUCUGAUGGACAGAGUUUGGACUGUCCUCAGGCUCGACAAAAUGAAGGUUUUCAACUCAUGUAAUGCUCGUUUCAAUUAACCCACCGCAUGACUCAAACAUCAGAGAUCUGACAGGAAUCUGCAGGGGAUGAGACAUCGGGAUAAUAAGAUGUUGAAUCAAGGGCAGCACCAAGGGUAAAAAGUGCCUCAACAAUCUUUGAAACAGCAGUUGUGGUUUCUUUUUCUGACCUUUCUUCCUGUUACAGUCCUUCAUUAUUCAUUUAGCAUACUACAUAAUGAACUCCUUUGUGGGUUUGAUUCAGGCUGCUGUAGGCUAUUUUGUUAAUUCCAUUAGGGGUUGAAAUAUCUGAGUGUCAAUAAAAAAAGGAAACUUUUGUCUUUAUUCUACCUUUUUAAGACAGGGUUCUUUCGUAAACAAAAAAAUACAUAUAGCCCGAAAAAUUCUUACCCUGAACUUUCUGUAAAUGGAAGAGGCAUUAUCUUUAAAAAAGCCACAUUAUUUCAUAAGCCUCAAGAAAAAUACUUUAUAUAUGAAAAACAUCAUGUUGCCUUUUUCUUUUAGAUUCUUAAGAUAUGUUGUUUGACAAAAAUAACUCAAGGACUGUAAGAUGGGCUUUAUAUUUACAGCUUCACAUUUGCCAAUUCUUACUGGUUUUGACUUUUUUUGACCAACUUUUGGAUGCAAAUUUCUCCAAACCUCAACUGUUAGAGCAGAAGGAAAGACCACAUGAGAUCAACAUGUUGUAAAUAUUUAAAAAUGUUGAUGAAUGUUCGGCAGCUGAAGAUAAGGAUGUUUUGAUACAGUAUGCUGUGGUUAAAUGAUCAGUUUGCAUACAGUAAUGAAUGUAAUCUCCUGAAAGCUGCAAACAAGGUUAUCAUUUCUAAUUCUACCAGGGAACGAAACCAAAGCAUGUUUUGGUCAGCAUUUUGUCAAUUCCAGCUUUCAGUUUGAAUUUGGUUCUUUCCUAUAAUCCUCAACAACGCUCUUGGAUGAAUCAAAAGUUAUAUAUUAUCUUAAACCUUAAAUACAUCACCGUCCCCUACUAGGAAUGUAUACAUGAAAACAUCUGUUAACUAAAUGGGAAGGUAUAUUCAAAUCAAUAUAUGUAACAAUAGAAUGUAUGUGACCAAUCAGAAAGUUGUAAUAUGUAUGUUGAUGUUUCUUUAUGUAUGAUAUCUUUGGUCAAUGAAAGCAUUCAUACCUGCCUUUUUUUUACCAAACUGAUGCUAAGUUUUUUGUAGCACCAGUUGGUUUGAUGACCACACUCGUGCUUUGUUGUAGAUCUGAUAUGGUCGGUUUAUUUCAAUGGAAAUGGAAACAACAUGGAAACCUCUUCCCACAGAAGGCUUUACUUUCUUCUUUCCAUUGCAUGGCUCUGCUUGACUGGACUUUUUGUACCAGGUAAUUUUUCUUAAUUUAGCUUUCUACUGCAGAUAGUACCCUCUUAAUGAAGGUGGGGCUCUCAGCUGAUGUCACGAUGUGCAACACUGAAUGAUGAAUGAUUUGUAUCCCCAACCAAAUAGAUGAACUUAAUGAUAUUGUAGGUUUGUGCAGAACGUCCAGGUUCGCCCAAGUGACGAUGCUCUCUGACCAAUCAGUGGUCUGCAGUGUUCUGACCCCACCUUCGUGUAUCGGCCAAGCUCUAUGGGAUCCUUCACCGAAGUGGUACGAAUUAAAGUCCUGGGUACAAUCAAAAACUUCAGCUUAUGGAAAACCAAAAGAAACAUUUUAGUAGAGCUGUCAUUGCUCCAUGCGGUGGAAAUGUGGCAUAAACAUACAAUAGUUACAGGAAAAUCAAGUUGAAUGUAUUUGAGGAUUAAUAAUCAAAACAUAUCUCUGUAUGUCAUCAAAUUAACACUUGUGAUGGGUUCAUAACAUCCAUCUGUCUUGUAAAUCUGUUUUAUAUAUUUUCUUAUUUCUCCUAACGAACGAUAUAUGAUUCCCUGAAAUUGUCGAAAAACAGCACUAACACUAUGAACAGGUGAAGCAAACAAUCACGUCCAAGAUUUAUUUUACCUUGCAUUAUUGUAAAAAAAACGUUUGAUUGUUUUGACAUUAGACUCUGUACUGCCUUGCUAUCUGUGCUAAUGUAGCUAAAGCUAAUGUAAACGACUCGGCUAACAAGCUAGCAUUAUGGUUUUGAAUGAUUGUAUGAUUUCCACUGCCUUGUUACAUCCUGAUAGAUGGAUAAAGAUGUUUUGUAAAAAGAGAAAUUAAUCAAAAUGCACAGUUAAAAUACCCAAUUCUAUUUGUUUUGCCCAUUGACUAUAAAUCACACGUAUGAACGUUACUACUGGACUUUUUCCAGACAAUCAAAACCAUGACUGUGCAUGUGUUUUUUUUUUUUCUUUUUUCAGCUUUUUGUUCUGUUAUUUCUUACAUUUAUAUAGAUUUGAAACUUUCUGAAGAAAAAUAAUCUAUCACAGCCAAGAUCCUGUCGUCAAUUAUUGUAGUGAGUCGUGAAAGUGGUGUUCGCUGCUACGUAUGAAACAAAAAAUAUUUCAGUGUGACAAAAGGAAGAAGAAGCGUUAUUGAUUCUUCUACAAUGAUUGUUUUCUGAUGAUGUGUCACACUGACUCUUGUGAAACGUAAGAUAGUAGUAGUGUACGCGUCUCCAAUAAUUAUAAAUUGGGCUAAAUUAUAAACUAAUAGCAUGGUAUCACAGGGAAGUGUGUAAUGAUGUUUCUUUUAUUAUUUCUUGCUGUGAGAUGUUGACUGAUUUAUACUUUUUAUAUUCACCAUCCGCUAACAGUGUCAACAAUGCUGUUCCAGUUUACAGCAGGUAAUGCCUUCUGUGAUUGACUUCUUUGUUCAGUAAUUUUUAAGAACUGUUUUUCAAAACACAAAUGUCUAACUUUCUCAGGGGUAAGAUUCCACUUGCCAUCAUCACACUACUUGUUUGUAUGUUUCAAGCCUUUAAAAGGUUAGACAAAAUCAUUUAAAAAGGGAAUAUUGUAAGUCAACUGCCAUCUACCAAAAAAUAUGUUUUAUAUUGCAUCCAAUCGAAUGCUCCCGUUUCUAUGUUUAGAGAUCACAAAUAAAACUAAUUGUAUGAAA